AUGAGUUUUGAAGAAGAGGAUCAAGAAUAUUUUAGUAGCGAAGACUACGAUUGCGAUGAAUGUAAUUAUUCCAAACCCAAAAUCUUCGUAAAGCCACCAAAGUGGAUUUGUAAGAAGAAACCACUAUGGCAGAUAUAUAUGAAAAAAUUUAUCGACGAGGCAAAAAGAAGGGCAGAUGAUGAAAGGGAAACAUAUGGCGAGUUUUAUCACAUGAUGCAAAAAGACAAGAAUUCAUUAUCGCUGUCCCAAAUGGAAAUACCGGCAAUGUCGAAAUGUCUUAAGUUGAAUUUACUUAAUGAAAAGGGUAAGCGGUAUUCCGAAAGCAGAAUGCCAAGAACGAGAAUAUGGGAUGACAUACGUGGUUUUCACAAGUACAAUGAUUGCACUCCACAUCCUCCGCCUUUCGAGUGGCCGAAAAUUGCACCAUGUUUAGUACGCGACGUGGUGAAAGAAAAGAAGAUUCAAGAACGGAAAUUAAAGAUGAAAAAGAUUGGAGCUACACCGUGUGAAAUUGAGGCAAUCCAAUCACCUGAAUCCAGCGAGGACGAAAAAUUGGAAGAAUUGGCGCAUAAGAAGGAGCUGAUCCACGCAAGAAUACCAACUACUCGUGUAACAUCGUAUGAUCCGGUAAUGAUCGAUCGGGCCUGCGGCGAACGCAUCGCCUUGGUCGACGGUGAUUGUAUAGUUUACGAAUUAGAUUGCGGCGAGAUGAAUCGGUCUUAUGCUAAUCUCUGCUUGCGAGGAAUGGUUGGGAUGCAUUUGGAAGAGUUACAACGAGUCCGCGCGAGAACUUGGAAAUUUUGCUUAUUUCAAAAUAUCGUUGCCUUGCUGGUGAAGACGCAGCUGAGGUAUAAGUAUGUUUGGAGUGCAAACAUCGAUUAUAUUUACGAUCAUGCUUGGAAGAUGUUUGUUUAUACCGGUUACCUCAAUACCAAGCCAAAUCAGAGAUUCGAUGAUAUUCUCGUUUAUAAUUAUAUGUACGACGUGGAAAUCCAAUUAGUUCACGAGAUCAAAGACAUCCCCAUUAUCCGAGAUGUAACGUUUGAUUACUUUGAGGAAUCGUUAGUGAAGAAGGAAAUAAUUCAAAGGCAUAAAACGACCUUAAUGAAGUGUAAAUUUGGCAGCGAAACCAUUAAGGAUAAUCUCAAAGUGCCGGUGCAUAAACAUACUAGAAGGCUCGAACAGUGGUUUGAUAAAUUGGAUGAUCACUAUACCAAUUGUAUCCUAAAGACAACGAGGUUCUCGGUGGCUUUUUGGCAGGACGGCUUGUUUUGGUAUCUUUAUAAUUCCUAUUGUUGCGAUAAAUAUGGAUUAUGGAGCGAUGACGGCUAUGCGAGCAUAAUGAAAUUUUGCACAAAAGAUGCUCUCAAAAGGCAUAUAAUGAUUUUAAUUGUACGAGCUUACGCUUAUAAAUUGGAAGACUUGGACAUGUGCGCGCGGGAAUACAAUUACUUCUCGGUUCAAAUUUACCAAUUGAUUUAUCAUUCUUGUAAAAUUUAUAAUAUCAAGCUAUACUUACGUGGACCGGAUAAGCCGAAACCCCAUUUCGUGGAGAAAAAGAAAAGUGACGCGUGCUUAUUCGAACCUUAUAAAGAAUUGUCGUCCAAACCCUGUGAUAAUUCAUUAGAGUCGAGCAUCGAUCAGCGAGCACAAGAGUUUGUUGAUAAAAUUGAAAAGCCACGAUGGCUCCAAGAUAUGAAGAUUGUUUGGCUGAAUGUCACGGGUUCGAAAAGUGCGUGCAAAAAGCGCAAGUGGCAUGAAUUUGAAGUGCUCGAACCUCGUCGGCUUUACGUACUUUGGAGUAACAUCCACAUUACGGAUGAACUGUUUGAUUCGGAAAAUCGUAAUAAGCAGUCGAGGGCUUGUUACGUCGUCUGUGCCGGAAUGAGCUUGAUAAACGCUCCGGAGUACUGGUCCGCUGAUUCCUUAAAGGCCAUUUUAAUUUGGGGUGAUAGAUUCUACGGCAAACGACGAGAGCAAAUAUCGAAACUAGCCAAGAGACAUAAAAAUGUCGAUGACGAUGACGACGAAGACAACAGUAACGACGAGGAUGCGUGGAAGGAGAUGCCGACGGAUCAGUUCCAGAUCGGCGCCAUCCUCUUUGACGUGAACGUACUGAUGCCGAAACGCGGCCGAUUAUACAGCAACAUGAACCAGUGCCUGUGGCACUUGCUCGAGCUGCUCUUUCAGCGGCAUAACUUCGUCAUCCUCGACUGCGAGGACACGAACCUCGGGGUGUUCAAGCACUGCGGUGCGUACUACAUCUUCGACGCGUAUAGCAGGGGUCCGCCGGUAUUCAAGUGCGGUAACGGUAAGGCCUAUCUUCUGAGGGCGGCUUGCUUCCGGGACCUCGUCAGCAGCCUCGUCCUCGUCAUCGGCUCGGUCGAGUGCAGCCCCUUCUCACUGCGGCCCAUCGAGAUCGUCAACGUCGUCGACACGAGCAAGAUGGACGAGUGCUCGAGGUGGGAGAUCGGCAACAAGGUCAACUGCAAUUACGGGGCCAUUAAGCCCAAGCCCGCUUGCCCCGGUGAUAAAGAGAGGAGGAGAUUGAGCAAACGAGGCGGAAAGUCGCCAUUCUCGCUGGACGAGAACAAGGACAAGAUAAAAACCAUUUGCGUGCUGCCGAAGGAGGAUUAGUCGGGCGUUGACUUUCGGCGACUCGUCGCGACCAGAAAGUAGUUAGAAAAGAGGAUAGUCACCGUUGUCCUGGAUCCGCAAGAUUUUUGCGCUGUCGAGUGAUUUCCGUCCGAGGUAGAAGAUUUGCAAUUUAAGCUCGCA